AUGGCUGCCUCCAAAGCCUACAAAACAAAAUUCCCAGUCGCUCGCAUCAAAAAGAUAAUGCAGGCAGACGAAGACGUCGGAAAGGUCGCUCAAGUCACCCCCAUCGUCAUCUCCCGCGCCCUCGAGCUCUUUAUGCAACAAAUCAUCUUGGCGUCGACGGCGAAGACGAGGGAGAGGGGUGCGAAGAGGGUUACGGUGGGGCAUAUGAAGCAGGCUGUUAUGGAGACGGAGAUGUUUGAUUUUUUGGAGGAGAUUGUGGGGAGGGUUGGGGAUGUUGGGGGGGAGGGGAGUCCGAAGGAGGAGGAGUAGAGUCAUUGACGUCAGUCAAUGGCGAGCUGCUACGACGACGUCACUCUUUGUCGUCCUCUUCAUGCUGGAGUGAUGGAUUGUUUGAUUGGAAUGGAAUCGAGGCUGGUACCUCUACGGAGCCUCUCGGCUUGCAUGUUGUCUGUUGGGAUGCCGAUUUGGGUUGGGUUGGGUUCGUCGGACGGAGUUUUAUAUUUGGGCAAACGGAGUUUAUUAUUGCUUUGCUUGGAAUGGGAUGGGAUGGGUCGGGUUGUUUGUGUUCGGCAUAUCGAAUAACACCAAUGAUAAUCUUACUGUGAUCACACGUGU